CAAGACUCCUCCUUGCUUCGCUGUCUCGAAUACCAUUAGCACCACAAAACCAAAAUGGGUUCUCAUCAAAAGUUCAUGAUCCUUCUCUUCUUACCUCUAUUGCUAUCUCCAACCAUUUCUGGCUAUUCCUCUAGCGAUGUGAAAGCCUGGUGUAGUAAAAUGCCUUAUCCUCAACCUUGUGAGUACUUCUUGACCCACGACCCGAAGCAAGCUUCCGUCAAGCAAAAAUCCGAUUUCCUCAAGGUUUCGAUGCAACUCGCACUUGAGAGAGCUCAAAUGGCCCAUAGCAACACGCACUCGCUAGGGUCGAAGUGUAGCAAUGAGCGCGAGAAAGCUGUUUGGGCCGACUGCCUCCAGCUGUACGAGCACACUAUUCUUCGUCUAAACAGAACUAUAGUCCACGAUUGCACCCACGAUGAGGCGCAAACUUGGCUCAGCACGGCCUUGACUAAUCUCGAGACGUGUCGAGCUGGGUUCGUCGAAUUAGGGGUAUCCGGCAAUGUAUUGCCUUUGAUGUCAAAUAAUGUCUCCAAGUUGAUUAGCAACACUUUGGCCCUAAACUACGCACCCUACACUACACCUAACUACACAAAGAAAUUCCCCACUUGGGUGAGGCCUGGCGACCGAAAGCUCUUGCAAUCUUCAUCUGCCGUGUCUAAGGCUAACAUCAUUGUGGCCCAAGAUGGUUCAGGGAACUACAAGACAAUUAGUGAAGCCAUAACCGCAGCGUCAAAGAGGUCAGGCACUGCUAGGUAUAUCAUCUAUAUAAAGGCCGGUACUUAUAGUGAAAAUGUUGAAGUUGGAUCGAAAUUGGAGAACAUUAUGUUUGUCGGUGAUGGUAUCGGGAAGACCAUAAUCACCGGAAGCAAAAGCGUUGGCGGAGGCUCUACCACCUUCAAUUCGGCGACUGUUGCUGUCGUUGGUGAUGGAUUCAUUGCACAAGAUAUCACUUUCCGCAACACUGCUGGUGCAGCAAAUCAUCAAGCCGUUGCUUUGCGCUCUGGUUCUGAUCUCUCGGUGUUCUAUAGAUGUGGAUUUGAAGGUUAUCAAGACACUCUCUAUGUUCAUUCAGAGCGUCAAUUUUAUAGAGAGUGUGACAUCUAUGGCACCGUUGACUUCAUCUUUGGGAAUGCAGCUGUUGUGUUGCAAAAUUGCAACAUCUAUGCUAGAAACCCUCCAAACAAGGUUAAUACCGUGACUGCUCAAGGCCGAACUGACCCAAACCAAAAUACUGGCAUCUCUAUCCAUAAUUGCAAGGUUACCGCAGCUUCCGACCUAAAAUCUGUUCAAAGCUCCGUGAAGACAUACCUCGGUAGGCCGUGGCAAGAAUAUUCCAGGACAGUCUUCAUGAAGACUUAUCUUGAUAGCUUGAUUAACUCAGCCGGUUGGAUGGAGUGGGAUGGAAACUUUGCCCUCGACACUCUGUACUAUGGAGAGUAUCUGAACACUGGCCCCGGGUCAUCUACUGCUAGUAGGGUCACAUGGGCAGGUUACCAUGUUAUCACAAGUGCAACCGAGGCUUCUAAGUUCACCGUUGGGAGCUUCAUUGCUGGGGGCUCUUGGUUGCCCGCCACUGGCGUGCCGUACACAUCCGGCCUUUAAGCUUUUUAAAGAACGAAAAUCAGAGGUGGAAUGCAACUCUUGCAGGAGUACAAGGCGCCUCACAAGGAACACAAGUGUUUCUGUCAGAUGCAGCACAUAGAUAAUUAGCAAAAGAUUCUUAUUUAUAGUUCCCAUUCAAUAUAGAUAUCUGAUGUAAUAAAGUGAUCAUGUUGUGAUCCUUUCAUGAUUGUAAUUUCUUAUUCUUUCAAGAUUGUACUUUU